AUCUUGAAAAUAGCGGCUAAGUGAAGUGCAUGAUGGGAAGGUAAACUAUUUUUAGAGCUACUGGCACACUGGAAAAAUGGCGUCUGCUGCAGCGAGAAGAUUGCCCCAACAUUUAAAAGAAUUAAGAAUUCAUUUAUGUCAACGUUCUCCCUCAAGCCAAGGUGUGAGGGAAUGGGUUGAGACACACUAUGUGGAUAUGAAGAAGGCAAAUCCGAAAUUCCCGUUUCUGAUCAGAGAAUGUAGCGGAAUACAACCCAAGGUCUAUGCAAGAUAUGAGUAUGGAAGAGAAGUCAGCACACCAGUUGCCAACUUCAGCAGUGGGCAGGUUAUGGAUACACUCAACACGAUGGCAGAUACUCCACCACAGUAGCAGACCAGAUUUUAGCAAUGGCAAUGAACUUUUGUUUUAAUUAAAGAUGUGUGUAUAAAGCAGAAAUGUUGCAUGUUCAUGUACCACCAGUGGACUUAUUUACUUUUUGCCAAUAACUUCUUGGACAAGGCUGUGAGUGCAGGACGAGAGUGUUGUGUCUUGGAGAGGAAUCGGAAGUAAUUCAGAACACCACAUGGUUGCGAAAGCCAACAAAUAUUAAUUACAUGUUUAUUUACAACGUAUUGUCUCUCAGAGUGCAUAAUAUAUAGAGUCAUCUGAUGUAUACACGUAUUCGAUGUGUUACAGAAGUAGUGAUAACAAAAAGCUCUACACAUAAAAUCAAGACAAAUUCAAAUCUAAUAUUUCAUGACCUCUGAAGGCAAACAAAGUGCAUGUAUUAAAUAUGAAAUAAUUGGCAUUUAAUGAUUUAGGUUAGAAAAUGGGGCUUUGGAUUGAUGGAAAGUUUCUUCUUUUAAAAAUAUUUCAUAUUUUGGUCAUCUUGAAGGGAUUUAAUAAGGUUUGAUAAGUUCUAGGCAAAUGUGUUCAAAUGUCACAUUUCUAGCAAAAAAGAAAAAAAAAGAAAUAGCCCUCUACAGUGAUUGGCAUUUUAAUAUAAAAAAGGAGACAGUGUUUCAACAACAAUUUUACUUAUUUCUUGAAUUUAGAGUUUAAUAAAAGGUAUCUGUUGUUUGUUUACAUAAAA